AUGCGGGCCUUUUCCUGCAUCCCUCUGCUGCUGCAGUUCUUUGCACCAAUACAUGGCUACAUAGUCAAGGCCUGUCUUUUUUUCCCCCCUAAACAGUGUUUGACCAAAAGAAUUCCACAGAAUCCUAAAUAUCAACACAUAAAAUCUCGCCUUGACACAGGAAACAGCCUGACCAAAUACAUUGAGAAAUUGGAAGAGAUCAAGAGAAAUUACAGAUACAAAAAAGAUGAGCUAUUCAAGAGGCUGAAAGUGACAACUUUUGCCCAGCUGGUCAUCCAAGUUGCUUCGCUAUCUGAUGAAACAUUAGAAGUGUCCGCUGAGGAGAUCCAAAAGCUGGAAGAUGGUGAUACUGUUAUUUCAGAGACUGAUGCUGAGCUCACAGCUGGGACUAACGGGAAAGGAAGCCCCACGGAGAAGCCAGCCAGUCCAGUCCUGUUCAUAAACAACACGGGAGCAGGGGAAUCGUAUCGGUCUACUCUGCAGAGUGUGAUCAGUGGUGUAGGUGAGCUAGACAUAGACAAAAGCCUGCGGAAGAAACCUGAUGCUAAUGGUAAAGACACUAACGCUAAAGACAAGCCUUACCCCGACUGCCCGUUCCUGCUGCUUGACGUACGAGAUCGAGAUGCGUAUGACCAAUGUCAUAUCGUUGGAGCUCACUCGUACCCUAUCGCAACGCUGUCUAGAACCAUGAACCCUUAUACGAAUAGCAUUCUGGAAUACAAAAAUGCUCAUGGGAAGAUUAUAAUCCUGUAUGAUGAUGAUGAGAGACUAGCCAGCCAGGCUGCCACUACCAUGUGUGAGAGAGGCUUUGAGAACUUAUUCAUGUUAUCUGGAGGCCUGAAGGUCCUUGCACAGAAGGUCCCUGAAGGACUGGUCACUGGCUCAUUCCCAACGUCUUGCCAGUUGGCAACCUACACUGGAUCUGCCCGGAAAAGGGCCACCCCAAGAGGGACACCCACACGUGCUGAGAAUAAAUGGAGAUUUACUGCAGAAGAUCUACAAAAGAUAGAAUACUACCUGGAAGAGGAGCAGAUCCCCUCAGAUACUGCCAGCCGUCUCAGCCGUGCUUCCUCAGGUCGAGAUUCCAAGGCGACGGCUGUACGGAGCACCCAGAACCUCCCCACCGCCAGCCCGGCUGGCUCCCUCGCCACCCGCUCCUUCAGCAGCAGCACUCUCCAGAGCAAGCCCUGGAAGUAAAGACCGUGUCUCUUUCCGUUGAAUAAAGGAAUGUCCCGGUUCCGGGAACCCCUGAUCAGUACAUCCCGUUUGUCAAUGAUCUAACAAUGGCAAGAGGGGUGGGGUGCGGCAGGCUGACAUUCAGUAGAAGUAAAGGUAGAACUUUCCAAGACUGAUCUAAAGGGUUAAAGUUGUUUUGUGAAAAUGAACUUUUCCCCGAAGUCCCUGACCCACAGAAGUGGGUCCAUGAAAUCUAUAACUUUAAAAAAUGCCGGUGGAAUCUGUGUUCUGAGAAAAUUAUUCCCCCUGGGUUUUGGGAUCUUAGUAAUGCAGCGCUAUGCAAGCGCGUGAGAACCUGAAAGGUGGAUAGACCAGCCGCUGUCUGUCAACAAAAGUCUUGAUGUCUAGCUGAAAUACAGAAACGGAGCGAACGAAUAGCACAACUGGUGUCAAGUGAGCAAGAUGCCAAAAACGCCUUUUUUAACCGUCCAAAGUGUUUGUAAUAAGGGCAUUCUUGUAAAGAAUGUACAGAAUGAUGUUUCACCUGACAGUGGCCCUUUAUCCACAGUACUGUUUACAACAUAUUUUUGCAUUUGAAAUCUUUUACCCCGUAGCAUCCUGAGUACUUGGUCUCUGUUCUGUGUUCCAGGCUGUGGUGUAGUGCUCCGCUUCUGAGCGAAGCUACGUUACAAUGUGUUUCUUGGUUUGUAAAUGAGAUUAGAAGGUAACUUUGGGCAUGAUGCUGAGAUGGGCUAAGCAAAACACCGAUUGACUUCGCUCACAGCAGGAGCCGACACAUCCCGCUUCAAUCUCUCCCAGUGAAUUUCUGCUUGCAGAGCCAGGUUGCUGGUGACUGGAGUAGCAAAGAGAACCACAGAGUGACUCUGGGGGAAUGUCCUGGUCCUUUGUGGUGAUAUUUUCCUCGUGACAUUGCAGUGCUGAGUGAACUGAUCACACAAUGAUCUGUUGUGAGGUCUUUGUCACAGCCCUUCAAUGUCAAGCCUUCCUGUCAUUGUCUGGUGACUCCCAGCCGUUCUUCUCAACAUGGUGUUUUCUGCUUCCAUCUUGAUGGCUGGGCUUGAGGGAGAAGAGGGUGUUCCUCGAUGCUUGGAAGGAUCCUGGCUUCUCCAGCCAGUUUGGUCAGUGAGUUGCUUUCUGCUGAGUCGUGUGUCGGGGUGCUAUGGGGUGCACGAGAUGAACAACGCUCAUUCGCUCUGCCUGAGACCAGACUCCCUCCUGGCAUGUGGGUCUCUGAGUAGUGCACGCAGCUAUUCUGAGAUGCAAGCUGAAGAUCGCUGGUCUAGACAGUCUGAAGGGCAGAUGUUCAUGAGCCUGCUUUCCACGAUGCAUAUGGAUCACCUUCAAAUAAGGUUAAGGGGCAGAACUCAAACUUGCUCUGCUGAGCUCCUCUGAUGGAGCUUGUGGCAGCAGGUCUUGGUCACUACAGUAGGGAGGGGCUCUGCACCUUAACUGACUAGUGGAGGCAUGAAACUAUUGCUGUGUAUUGCACGACCGUCUCUCUGCAGCUGCCGUCAACAUAACUUCCUUGUCGUUAGCAGGACUAGAAAAAACUGUCCCCGGUAGUCACAAUGACAAUCCAGCAAGGCUCCCUGGUGGGGGAGGCUGCCCAGAAUUUUGGAGGCCAUGAAUCUGCUGACUUUCUGGGAGCCUGAGGAUUUGAAUAUAAUAUGUAUCAAAGCUUAAAAUGCCUUGUAAUCAAACACAAAGGCUCCCAAGCCAGCAGUAUUGGCUUAUGCUUGCAAUUUCCUUGGUGGCUGGCUAGAAGUUGUUUGGAGCCCACUAGCAGUAGAAACCUAGUUGAUGCGUUGUCUUCACCCUACAUAGGCUGUGUUUUGGGGACUCGGGACAGCCACUUGCGGACCCUGCAUUAUGGGGGAUGAGCUGCGAUUUUGCUGGUGGGUUUAGAUGGAGGGAAGAGGGUGUUAGUAGAGUGGGGUCAGCGCUCGUCUAACAGGCUGGUAUGGACCCUUGACUAUGUCAAUUAUAGGUAGCAGUUAAAGCCAUGGAAGUAAUUCUUUCAAGGCUCUUAAUCUGAAUCCUCAUAGAAAGAGGGAUUGCUUGCUUGGGUGACUUCCCAGUGGCCAGGGAUUGGUGCUCUAAUGCUGAUCCUGCUUAGCGCUGUCAAAGCCUAGGGCCUGACCCUGCAAUGUGCCGAGUGCCCUCAGUUCCCGUCAACUUCCGUGGGAACUGUGGAUGCUCAGCAGCUGCUAGUGACCUUCAAAAGCCUAGCUGAAGAACACCUCUCUCUGGCGUUGUGCAGGAUAAGCCCUGCCUGGAUCUUAUUCCUCCUCUGUAGCACUCUGCCAUUGUAUGUGUAUCGCCAACAGCAGCAUGUCUUUAAGUGGUGUAAAGGUUGGAAAUAGAUUCACUUCUUUUUCCUUCCUUGGAGAACCAGUGGGUGGCACUGGGACAUGGAAUGUAUGCAAAUGGCAGAGUCUCACCUUUCUGAGAGAGGCUUUGUUGUCCUGUAGCAGGCCAAAAAGUCCCUGCUUUCGUUUCCGCCUUUUAGCACUGACAGACCAAUUUUUAUUUAGUACAUGCAAUCAGGGUGCUGCAUAAAGGCAAGUGCCACAAAAACUGCUGACAGCCCCGUGGAUGCAGGAUGUAAGCUGGACACCGGGAUCUGGCUUCCUCCAGAGAAGGAUGUGACCAAAGACUCUCGGAGGUGGUCUAUGUGUGUACAUGUGGUAGCCCUGAGCAGGAAAGCCGCCUUCUACACACAGCUCCCAUGAAUACAAACCAUUCCCACACUCUGCGGGGAUCAAAUGUGCAAGGGGGCUCUGGAUAGGACCUGCUGAGUGGGGCAUUAAUGGGUUUCAGAUGCCAGCCAACACCUAACCCAGUAUAUCUUGCUCCAAGCACUUCUAAGACCCUAUGCCACAUUUGGCAUUUUUAUACAUUUUAAAAUAUAUGUAUUUGUAUAGGUAACAAACGCUGAUCCCAAUUCAUAAAUUACAGCUCCCCACUUCCCAAGGAAAUCCAGGAAGUUCCAUUUUAAUUACUCAGAAAGAAAAGUUUGUACAAAUCCUUGACUGUCCAAGGGUAGCACAAUGCACUGGAUUUCUACAGAGUUGACUUCUGUGUGUAUCGGACAGUUGGGUUAAUCAGAUGGGUGGGAUUUCAAGACCAGUUGAAUUGGGACGGUGAAUGUGAGGUACUAUCUCUCCUUUCUGCCUAACCAUAGGGAGCGAUCUGCUCAGUAAGUCUUACACUCGUAUUAACUGGUCUUACCUCUCGCAUAGUCUGACUUACGUUAUCAGGUUUCUGGUAAGAAAGGUUUUGUUGGUCUGUUUGUGAAUUUAUUUAUGUUUAACGAACCAGCUAGGUGAUGGCGUUUGCCAGCUCUGAUAGGCUUGUCUUUUAUUUACUGAUCAGUGACAUUGCGAGUCAACUGGAGAGCAAAGUAUGGCUUGGUGGUUGGAUCCCAGAACUGGGAGCCUGGGACUCCCAAAUUCUCAUUCUGGCUCUUACUCCUUGGGCAAGUCACUUAGCUGCUCUCUGCCUCAGUUUCCCUAUCUGUAAAAUGGGACUGAUAAUCCUUCCCUACCUCACAGAGGUGCUGCAGGGCUUUGUUAUUUGAUGUCUGUUUCAGGCUUUGAAAAGAUUUUACUUGAUAUUAGGAAAGUGUCAUAAAAAUGUGAAGUAUUUUAUUAAUUUUGAACAUCCAGGCUAAAACUGACUCAUGCUGGUUUGCAUGUUAGCUUGAUGGGCUGCAUUCAUCACUCCCCUCCAGGCGGUAAGAGUCUGACUUUUUCACGCUAUCAUGAAAUAAAAGCUUGAGCUAAAUGGCAUCUCAUACAGAAUCCAAUCAGCUUUUUGCUUAAGACAAUAGACAAUAAUAUUGUGCCCCUAAAAAUUGCUGCAUCUGGUCAAUGUUGUUGAAUGUUUAAAAUAAGGCGUGGGGGGGGGGAAUAAAGAGAAUGUUUGUUAGUUACAUGCUUAAAACACUGGGACCAAUGCAACUUAAAAAGAACACAUUUUAUGUGUGAAUACGAGGUAUCUAAAGCGUGCACGCAUUCAAAGGGAUUGUUACACACACACACACACGUAAGAUUGGAGGGGAGGGGAGGGAUACAGUGUCUCAGUUGAAAUCAAAUAGCGAUUGUGAGGCAAAGGAUUUUUUAUUAUCCAGCUACAGUACUAGGAUCUGAAAUCCUCUAUUGCCCUGGGCUACUAGGAAACUCUUUUCUGCAUCAGAGGAAGAGUCCGAGCCAGUCAGGGUUGUUUAAGAUCAUCUUAAUCCUGUGCAUCGAAGGAAGAGCUGAUGAACAGAUCUUCUUAUCCGCUUAUUGUCUUUGAGGGUUCGUAUGUUUUGCAUCUUAGCUUAACUGUGUCAUGUGAUUAGGCGGGUGCUUUUGUUUU